UCCUCUCCAGGCCACUUUUCUACCUUGCUCACCCUCAAGUUUGAGCCACUCUUUUGCCGUUUGCAGCCACACAUAUACGGGGCUGCUUAGAUUAUUCAGUUCCGAAGCCUUCCCGCAUCCAUUUCCUAUUCAAGUUCGUCUCAUUAUCUACGAGACGGCUCAUCGCGCAUAUAUCCGAUAUGGUCUAUCGAGGAAAGCCCUCUGCGGGGUGUCACUCAUGCCGUCGUCGGAGAAUCAAGUGUGAUGGGAAGCCAGAAGGAUGCAGUCAGUGCUCCAAGAUAUCAAUCGAAUGUCCUGGUUACCGCAACUUGGACGACCUGCUCUGGCGAUCUGAGAAUGCUACUACUGUUCGCAAAGCAAAAGCAAGUUACGAUAAAAUCGCCAAACGAGAAAACCGGUCCACGUCGUCCUCGCCAAACUAUUCGACAACCUCUUCAUCCUCUUCUCAUUCUAGUCCUGGUAGCCAAGACUUGGUUCCCGUGAAUUCCCAUGUAACCUUAUCUCUUGAAGACUUUGGAGUCAUAAACUUCAUGUCUUCUUACGUUCCGGGAAGUCACUUCGAUUACCUACCUAAAUUAUACAGCAACUCGGCUGAAGGCAGCCCACUACGAUCAGUCGUGCAAGCAGCAGCGUUGGCUAGCUUUUCGAGGGAUACUGAUGAUCUCAGCUUGAUGGAAACCGCCCGGUCACACUACGCCAAUGCAUUGACUAGGACCAAUGCCAACCUGCGAAAUCCAGCACUUGCAACAGAGGACCAAACUCUGGUGUCAGUUUUGUUGCUCAGCCUGUUCGAAGCCAUGGUUUGGGACGGCGUUCAAGAGCUGAACAAUUGGACGACACACAUUAUGGGCGCCCUUUCAAUCCUCAAACUGCGCGGCCAAAAACAAUUCGAAACAGAGUUGGGCUGGCGGCUGUUCCAGCAAGUUGGUAACAACAUUCGCAGCAGUUGUAUCCAAAAUCGAAGUCGUAUACCACCAGACCUGCGCGCCUUGUUCGCAGAAGCAAAACAGCAGCUCAAAGAAGACGACCCUCGAAUGAUGCUGGAGCCACUGCUAGCAGAAUUAACAGAACUCUCAGCCGACAUCAAAGAAGAUGCAUUGCCUGUCCCAGAAGUACUCCAAGCCGCCAUGAUGCUAGACUACAGGUUCACGAUCUUGAUGCAGCUGAUUCCGGAUUACAAAUUGGAAGACAGCCGAACAAAAUACCCUGAAGCUUUCGGCGACACGGUUUACGAAUAUCCUACCCUUCUGGCGUCGCAAUUCUGGAGUUCAUGCCGGAUGAUCAGAGUUCUGCUCAACGAGAUAAUACACGGAUAUACACCACACGAACCCACGAUGACAGACGCCGCGAAGGAAAGCCUCCAAACCCAGGCUGCGAAUACCGUCGAAAGGAUGGGUCUCGAUAUCUGUGCGAGUGUGCCACCUAUAUUGAAGCUGUCCCCGUCAUCUGGUACCUACAAGGCGAGUGCAAACUCUCUUCUCUGGCCACUCUCUGUGGUGAGGAGUGCAUCUCUCACUCCAGCACCGGUCAGCGAAUACGCUAGCAAGUGGCUACAAUACCUAGGCGAUGAAUUGAAACUUGCACCUAUCAGGAAGGCAUUGGAGAAUAAAGAUCGUAGGCUGGAGUCUCUUUCUGACGGGCUACACAUUUUUUACUUGACAUGAGUGCCCCCAGCACAUCCCCUUCGAUAUUCUGAGAUGGGGGGCAUCUCUGGAUUUACACACAAUCAUAUCAUGAAUGCGAAUACAUACCACGCUUGAUCAAUAUGGAGAGAUCGUGCUCUUUUAAACAAUAUCGAUCUGCCUUAAGCACAAUCCACCUACCGGCUGCCCUCUUCUUGAUGCUUAAAGUUACCAAUAUAAUUUCAAAGCAUUUGAACACGUGGACAGCCACAGUGUCCUUGCCGACAGAACGGGAAGUAAGACAUUUACGUUAAUACGAGUUAGUUCUGCACAAACUAUCUUCGGUUCUAUACAAAUAGCUCCGAU